AUGAUUAAUGUUAAGACUGCUGCAGACCAACCUGAGCCAAGAGACACUUACAAGAUUGCUUACAUUAUUCACUUCUUGCUUGGUGCCGGAAAUUUACUUCCUUGGAAUGCUUUUAUCACAGGUGCUGACUACUUUGGCUUUCUCUAUCCAAACAGACAUGUUGAGAAGGUUUUCUUUGUGGCUUACAUGAGUUGUUCAAAACUAAAUCUGGUUCUAAUGCUAAUUCGGGGCAGCUGUUAUGGGAAAUUGAGAUCAAGGCUAACACUCAACUUGGGAUUUUCUAUGUUUGUUCUCUCUUUAAUGGUGGCUCCGCUGAUAGAUUGGUUGUGGUCCACAGAAUCAAGUGAGAAAACCUAUGGAGUAAUAGUUGCUUCGGUCGCAAUUUGGGGUAUAACCGAUGGUUUAGUUGGUGGAAACUUGAUGGGAUCAGCUGGAAGGCUUCCAAAACAGUACAUGCAAGCUGUUUUUGCUGGAACUACUUCUUCAGGUACUACCUGCAUUCAUAGUUUUUCAUACUUGUUACUUGUUUUCCCUUCUUAUUCAACACAGAUAAUGUUUUAA